AUGGCUAUUACAAUUUCCCCCGUGAGGAUCGCCGACGUGCGAGGCUCAUUCGACGUCACAGCGCGCGCGCUCGCUCGUACAUCGGAAGUGAUAUACGAGAUGCCGCUCACUGAAGAGGCACGCGACAUCCACGUUGCGCAUCGGACCAAGAAAAUGCUCGCGGCCGAGGCUGCUACCGCCAAUAGAGGAGAAGAGCCAACAGAAAAAGCAUUCUCAUUCAAAGCUGUUGAUACCGCGACGGGCGAAAUCGUCGGCGUGUCGCGCUGGACGAUUUACUACCAGGACGAACCCGUCACAAAGACGAUAGAAGAAGAGGCCAUGUCCUUCUUGACGCCCGCAUUGCCACAGGUGCGUACUAAGGCCCUGUAUGCCUUUAGGAUGUGUCUCGAGCGAAUUGGACGGAAGAGUGUGGCUUUACCCCCCGUAAAGGAAGGCGAGGAUCUGAAUUCUGUCAAAAUGCUUAGCAAGAGAGUCUACCUGGACGUGCUAGCUGUUGAUCCUAGCCACCAAGGCCAAGGAAUUGGAAAGGCGCUGUUGCAAUGGGGACUGGAUGAGGCAGACCGACUGGGCCUGGUUACGUUUUUGGAAUCGACAAACCAGGGUAGACCGCUUUAUGACAAAUAUGAUUUCGAGCCGACCACGAGUGAUACACUGGAUGUGACUCCAUUUGGGCUCGAUGGAGUACUUACUCACACGGGCAUGGUCAGACAACCCAAGAUCAAGAACUGA